GUUGCACCGUGUCUCCCUUAAGCCAUGGCGUGGAUUCUUCUCUUCCAUUACACCUUACUGCACACUGGAUCUCCCAUGACAUACAUUGCGAGCGGAAAACAUCACCGUGUACCAAUUCCCUCACCUCUGUUUUCCAGCAUGAUGAACAAAGGCAUCCACUCACAAACUUCUACGCCACUACAGACUUCUACGCCAUUACAGACUUCUAUGCCUAAUGAUGAAGAUAUUGGACUCAUCACACCUAACGAUAAAAACAAACUCACUGCCCUGCCAUCACGCCUCAACUUGUUCAGCUUUAUCUCAGUUUUGGGUUUGUUUAGACUUUCAUGCAAUCAAGCCUUUGCUCAACAAGACCGUGGUGUUUGCCUCCACUCCCUGGGCGUCUCACAACCUCAAACCAAAAUGUUGUUUUCGAUGUCCAAUGACCAGUUGAGAGUGAUGUUUGAAUUGUCUAUACGAUGAAAAAAAAUUAAAAAAUUGGUUUACAGCCAAACCAAGC